ACGGAACUCAGGAAAGCUACACCGGCAAUGCUAACCAGCUGUUUAGCUAACAUCGCCGGUUGUUGCUGACAGUCAGUCAGUCAUUUUGCCUCGCUGUACCUAUUUUAUGUUAUCUGGGACGGAGCUGUAUGACAGGGGCCGUGUUGUUUCUGCGUCACUGUUUUGUUCAAGACAUUCUUCCGUCUGAGGCGCUAAAAAUGAGAGAAGGAGUGUGUAACUUGUGACUCAGCUCUUGUGUAGCCAUGGAGAAGCCCUGGAGGCUGUGGGGGGCGAUGGAGCGUUGCACUCUGGCUCUGGCCUCCUGGUCCUGGGGUGCCUGUCGAGUCUCCCUUCUGGCCCUCAUCCUCACCUUCCACCUGUACGGAGGAUUUUUUCUCCUCGCUCUCAUCCUAGCGUCCGUGGCGGGCAUCCUGUACAAGUUUCAGGAUGUCCUCCUUUACUUCCCCGACCAGCCUUCGUCCUCUCGCCUUUACGUUCCCAUGCCAACAGGAAUCCCGCACGAGAACGUGUACAUUCGCACCAAGGACGGUGUGAAGCUCAACCUCAUCCUGCUCCGGUACACGGGAGGGGACACGCCCCCCGGAGUCACCUCUGGCAAUCAAAGCAGCCCCGCGUCCUCUGCCCCGCCCACCAUCCUUUAUUUCCACGGCAAUGCGGGUAAUAUUGGCCACAGGGUGCCGAACGCCCUUCUGAUGCUGGUUAAUCUAAAAGCUAAUGUGGUGCUCGUGGACUAUCGUGGCUACGGAAAAAGUGAGGGGGAGCCCAGUGAGGAUGGGCUGUACCUGGAUGCCGAGGCCACGCUGGACUACGUCAUGACCCGGCCUGAUCUCGACAAGACGAAGGUCGUGCUGUUCGGUCGCUCACUAGGAGGCGCUGUGGCCGUUCGCUUGGCGUCAGCCAACCCUCACCGCGUGGCCGCCAUCAUCGUCGAAAACACCUUCCUCAGCAUCCCCCACAUGGCAGCGACGCUCUUCUCCUUCUUGCCCAUGCGCCUGCUGCCUUUAUGGUGCUACAGGAAUCAGUUCCUCUCCUACCGGCAGGUGGCCCUGUGCCGCAUGCCUUCCCUGUUUGUGUCUGGUCUGUCGGACCAGCUCAUCCCGCCCGUUAUGAUGAAACAACUGUACGAGCUGUCCCCCGCGCGGACUAAACGCCUGGCCAUCUUUCCGGAGGGCACGCACAAUGACACGUGGCAGUGUCAGGGCUACUUUGCUGCUUUGGAGCAGUUCGUGAAAGACCUGCUGAAGAGCCACGCCCACGAGGAGAGCGCUCAGCCCUCAGCUAGCGUCACCAUUAUCUGAAAGAAACAGCCACGGUCUGACUGUUGUCCUCAGAUCAUGGCUGGAGUCGGUCCAUCGGAGGGACUUGACUGAUUUUUCGGAAUGUACAUUUUUUUAUGCUUUUGUCUGGGUUUUUAUUUUAUUUCACUCUUUUUACCUUUCUGUAAAUUGAACACGUUAAGAUGUUUUCACUAUUUCAAGGUUUUACGAGAGGGUAACAGUAUUCUCUUGGGGUUUUUUUUUGUGUUGCAGCUAUGAAUGCAUGUAUUUAUGACCUUUUCUGAAUGAAGCCAGGGCAUUCAUGCUCAUUCCACGAGACAUGUCGCAACUGCAGAAGAAUUCGCUGUGACGAGUCAGUUGAAAAAAAAAAAAUUUAAUCGGUGAAAUAGUAUUCAGAUCACUACAGAGUCUGCAGUGUUUCGGUGAAAAAUUCUCAUUAUACACUGAUAACAUGUGGGAAUACACUGUAAAUAUAUACAUCUUUGUUAAUAAAUUGCACUUUUCUGUUCAGACGGGCCCAGCCGUUCAAAUGGGCUCACUUCUUCUGAGCAAUACAUCGCCUACAGACGCUUUUUUUCUUCUUCUUCUUCUUCCCCCCCUUUAGGCAAAGGAACAUUAAUAUGAGUGUGCAGCAGCUUGGCAUAUCAUAACAUUAUAGUGAUUAAUAUUCAUACAUACCCCAUGAAAAGUCAGUCUGCCUCAAUGGCAUGAAGCUCACUGCUGAAUAAUUAUAAUCAGCCCGAGAAGGGUUUGCAGAAAUGAAGUGGUCUCGAAGAUAAGGUGACAUGCUUGAAACGUCCGUCUGUCAAAAAUAACUUCUUUUGACCUUACUUCCUGUCUGUUUCAUUGUGAUUAGGAUGAGUUUCGAGCUGUUUACUUUGGCGCUGUGUCCUGUUAAAACACAAGUAGCUCACGGGAUGGUCUUCACUUUUUUCCAUCGGUUAAUGAUGUCAAACGGCAACUUUAGCUUCUGCUUUCCGAUAAAGACUUUUCCGCUUUGUGUGGUUUAUUAUUUACAGAUGAGUUAUGCUAUUAGAAAUGCCAGUUCACUGUAUGAGGUAAAGAUCGCUCCAUUCCUCUUGACUCCUCUUUGACUCUUGAGAUACAUUCUUCAACUAAAAACAUUGGAAGAGAUCAGGGACAAAACACGCAGUCCUCUUCUAGUUCAUCACCACUGAGUCAUUAUGAUCGUACGAUCGGCUUCAUGGGUCUGAGGGUGACACAUACUGAGAUCAGCCACAACAUUAAAACCAGUGACAGGAGAAGUAAAUAACGUGGACCACCUUGUGUCGAUAAAAUGUUCUGAUCUGUUUAUGAUUCAGAGGUGUUUUCCAAGAUAACGUCCACUGAGAGCGAUUUAAAAAACAAAAAAAAAACACACUUGCCAUCUGUUACAGAUGAACAAGGAACUGCACCCUGGCAAAUCCCAGAAGCGGAAAUAUUUCUUUUUGUAAUUUAAAAUAGAAAGAACUGAACUGAACUUUGAGAAGAUGUUUGUGUAAGUCGGUCUGCUAAAGCCUCGUGCUGACGUGUUGACGGAGUGGAUUUUUCUUAUUUCGCUUGGUUUAAAUGUUGUGGUUAUUUGUUCGCUUUAAUCGUCAGCGCUGUAACUGCUAAUUGGAGGAUUCUCUGAACCCCACUCUUAUGUGGCGUAAUGGCUUUAGUCACUUGGAGGGCUUUUAAUGAGCUAAUUAACCUUUCCUGCAUGUCUUCCAUGGGGUGGAGCGGAGCAUGAUGAUUAAAACACUAUUAUCUGCUCUCGCUUUCUAAAUGCAGCACGCUGCACUGCAGUGCUAUCGAAGCCAUUUGAAUAGACUCAACAGAUCUCCUCAGCCAUACUUGAUGCUGUUGUGCAAACAGCUCGCUAAAGUCAAUUUGAUCAGACCAAAUUUUAUGUGUAGUUGUGACGACAACUUAGGAGGAGGGAAAAGUGUCUAAAGGCUACUGUGAAUGUGAACAGUGGUCUCAAAUUAACCUGUGUGAUGACGGUCUUUUUUUUUUGCCCUUUUUGUGUGAUUUAUUUUUUUUUCACUAAUGACACUGAACGGUCUCAGACAUUUUUCUAUUAAAUCAAAUCCAUAUGCUGAAUAUCAACUGAACCGUGUGACCAUAUAAUCCCUUUUUUUCCCCCACUCGCUUAGUUUUAUUAUACACUUAAGCUGUUAAAUUGUACUGCACCGUCUCCUCAUCCCAGAAAAGGGGGAGCUCGUUGGCACUCGCUGUAUUUAUUUGUCGGCUGACUGUUUGCGUGAAGCAAGUUAAAUAAUGAAUACAAUAUUGAGUUUGAUCAAAGCCAGACGUACCGUUGCCGUCCGGCACCCUGUCGAUGAAAAGAAUCGAACUGAAUGUCUUUUAAUAUUUCCUAGAAAACCAUUAGCCGUGUGGAUGGGAUUAUUUUAUACGUUCGCGUGACAGUGAAGGUUUUGGAGAAGCAUGUUUUGUUUUUUUUCGGUUGCAUCUGUGAUGAACUUGUUGAAAUUCAUUGUGUACAUCUGACACGACAUGGUUGAAGAAACGCUGACGGGAUAUCUGGACAGAAUGACUCAUCUUCAGUUUUAGCCGGUCCGUUCGAGACACCCUUUCCAUUUCAGACUUUCUUUUCUAUUCCAAAACAACGACUUCUUUUGUAAGCACACAUUUUCACUUUCUAUUUUCUGUACUGUAACAUGCAAUAAAUUGAUACAUUAAAAACUG